UUAGAGCUGCGUUAUCUACAUACUAGUCGGAUCGAUUGAAAGUGUAAAAAAGAUGACAGCCAUUUAAUCAAGAGCGAAAAAGAAAUACGUUUGUAUAACAUAUAAACGAACUUCAUAUUUUGUUUUUACAUAUUGUAAACAUUCAUUCUGUGCUAAUCUUAGCACAAACAACGAACGAUGGAGACGGAAGGAAACACUUUGCAAUUUUUGCUCUAAAAAUUCAAUGGACCUUAUAUUACUAUGAUUUCUAUAAUAGCUGUCCAGUUGUGUUGUUUUCUAUUGACUAUGGGUGCCCAUGAUGAGAACUGUAUUGGACAACAAUGCUCAGAAGUUGUAUCUAUUCCGCUAUUAGAUAACAUGAAAGCCACACUGAAAGCUGACCUAGACGUUGCCGAACUUAAUAGGGUUCUUCAUAAGUAUAUUCAACAAGAAGUGACAAAAGCUGUCCAAGGAACUUUUGACACUCACAUGGAGGGGGCUGUUGAACAAAUUACAGAUAACGUGACAAGAUUAACACAGUCGAAUGUGAAGGCUGUAAUUAAGAAAUUUCAAGAUUGUGUGUGUAAGAAAACGUUUAUAGGAUUUUCAGCCUACAUGUCCGACGGUUUUGUGGUAGCUCAUAGUCAAUCGUUGUCCCAGGGGAGUACGCUGAUUUUUGACAGAACAGAAACCAACACAGCUUUUGUCUAUAACGCAAAUACUGGUGUCUUCACAGCACCAUCUAGCGGAAUGUAUGCCCUGACCUGGACAAUAUGUGUAGAUUCUAGAAUAAAAGACGAAGAUAUUGGAGAAUUUGGAACCGAGUUGGUUGUUGAUGGACAUAUUUGUGGAGCACUACAUGCAGACACAGAACGGAAUGCUGAUGACGACUGUUCUACUGGAUUUAUAAUUAAAAAUGUUAGAAGAAAUGCUUAUUUGAGAAACAUGUAUGCGCAUGAAGGUGCCAUUCUAAGCAGAGAAGAUCGUACACGUACAACAUUUUCAGGAUGGAAACUUAACUAAUUAACUAAUCAAUUUCAUAUCAAAUGAAAAAAAAGAUCGUAAAAAUAUAUAUUUUGCUGUGUUUGUAGUAUAAUAAUACUAAAAAGUGGUAGUAACACUUGUUUUGAGUUCUUAUAGUAUACAAGACUAUAUGCAAAUUGUAAUUCGUUGAACACUAAAAUUUAUGAUUCAAUUAUAUCCACGAAAUCAACAAAAAGGACUACUUUUUAGGCAGGGACCGGUCAAAAUUUAUACAUAGCUGAGAUGAUUCCCACGUGCCAAAAGAAAUUGUAUAAUUAUAAACAGUGUCGAGAACUCGUUGGAAGUACUUGAUAAAUUACAUGCAUAUAUUGGUGAUUUUGAAUCUGUUCAAAGUUUUGAUUUUUCUACCCUAUAUACCACAUUGCCUCACAUUCUCAUUAAGAAAAAAUUCACACACCUAAUUAAAUGGGCAUUUAAAAAGUCAGAAUGUGAAUAUAUAUGUUCAAACUCUUUUAGGUCAUUUUUUAGUAGCAAUAAACAAAAAAACUAUGUCAAUUGGACAUGCUUUGAUACUAUAUAUGCCCUUGAAUUUUUACUAGAUAACAUUUUUGUUCGCUUUGGAGAUUCCGUAUAUCGUCAGGUUAUCGGAAUUCCAAUGGGGACUAACUGUGCACCACUUAUUGCGGACCUUUUUUUGUAUUGCUAUGAGUUACAAUUUAUGACAAAAAUCAGCAAAGACC